AUGCCUGUGGCUCUCGUGCCGCGCGCAUCGGGGGCCGAGUCCCACCGCCCCGCCAUGGUCAAGCUGGCUCGCUUUUGGCUUGCAAUUAUCGUUCGCGUUCCGCAAUGGGAACAACAAACCUCUUGGCGCCAGGUGGUCAACCUACUUUUAGGCCUGAGUUGGCGGCAUACCACCCACACGUGGGAUGUACUUGCCCCACUGCAGGAGUAUCUCGGCCAAGCCUGGCAUUCUCAUGAUAAUCGUGAACGUGGCGUUCUGAGCUGGAUGACGGAAUCCUUGAGCGGACCACCGCUGCCAAGUUUGGCUUAUGUGAGCGGCACGCUUCGACAACCUUCUUACGAUGAUUGCCCGCAUCUUCUCUUUAUGGGCUUGUUCUUGGAUACAAUCCAUGGAUUGCCUCUUUUGCGCAAAAUGGGCGCCCAGGCCUUGGCUGAACCUCGCAAAUCGGCGGCCAAAAUUUGCAACCAGAACGGUCUUCGUUUGUCGUUCUUCAUCAGCGCCUUCCCACAGACCUACUGGCGAUCUCCUGGAGAUGGGGCGGAGGGCCCCCAUCUGGGCCACAAGCACCUUUGUUUUGGCUAUCGUUUCCUGGCUGAGCGUGCCGCUCAAGUACCCAAGUUGGUUGAGGCAGCACGCGUGCUGGCUGAGCAGCUAGCAGUCGAGCAACGUUCAUUGCUGGCGAAGCAAGUCCGUGGCGUUGCUAGCGUCCUAGCAGAUCCAGCAGUGCAGGAGCGCGUCGUGUCCAAGGACGCCUUGCGAACAAACACGGAUCGUGAGGCUUUGGCACGCCUACUGACGCUCGACCUUCGUGGUUUGACAACUUCUUCGUUUGGGGAGCUCUUUCAAGAGGUCGAGUUGGGUCCUGUACCUGCCGGCAUUGACACACUCAAGCGGCUUGGACUUGUAUUUACAAGUCGGCACGACGCCACAGCUUCUGACGCCCAUGUGGAUUUGCACAUUGUUCGGCUGCAAGCUUCUCUGCAAAGCGAGUCAGAGUGUCGAGAGGCCAAACUACAGCAAUGGGAGCCUCUGAAAGCCAUCCUUAACGACGAGGACGCACUGCUCGCGUCACCUGAUCAUCCAGUAGCAGCCAGCUUGCAGACGUUCCAGGCGCAGGCACAACAACAUUUUUUUAAUGUGGAGAAAGCACAGCACAUUGAUGACGAGUAUUUGGCCCUCCUUUCACAGCUCUAUCGCUUGAAGGAAAAGAUUUUUGAGGGAAAGAAGACUUGCAUACGGGGCGCUAAAUGCUUGCACCCAGCUAAGCUGCGCGCCUCGUUUCGAGCAGCCGAGCUCGAUGAGCACACUCAAACCAGCUUGAGUUGCAAUCGAGAAGAGGCCAGCGCGAUGCUCAAAGACUCUAGCGUCACCAAUAGCUUAUGCCAGGCAGCACAUGUGCUGCAGCAAGUGGUAGCCGAGCUUCAAUCCGCGCCCGAACGAGCUCCUCAGGCGUGGCAACUGGUUCAGCUUAUGUUGUUGCAUGGCCAGGGUGUUGUGGGUCAAUACGCCCCCUUUGCUCGGAUGCAGCAGCUCGUGACAGCCCAGCUGAGUAGCAUCAUUGAACGUCCGAGUGAACUCCAACUCUCAAUCGCCCAGUUCUGUUUGACGCAUCCGAGCGCAAGUCCCACCCUGCUGCCUCUGCUGCGUCCACCCGAGCCCUCGGCAUUUGUGGCCACAUAUGCCGCUCUGUCCAAGUGUCUGACUCCAGCCAACCAAGCCGUUCUUGAUCAUCUGCUGACACUUUUUGAUGUGAGCGCUUUUCUGGCAACCCACGGUGUUGCAGAGGAGUGUGUGGCGCUGCAGCAAGCGCUCUCCGAAGCGCUACAAGCGGCACAGGCAUGCCCCGCACCCAGCCUGGUGGAGAAGCACCAACUAGCUUAUUUGACCUGCCUGGCUUUUGGCUUGCCGCGGGCGUUCUCCCAGUCGCUGAGUGAGCUCUUGCAAUUGGGUCGGCUUGGACACGGGUUCUCAGGCGCCUGGCAAGAGGUCGCAGCACAUCUUGACAGGAACCCCCUCGGGGCUGCCGAAGCCGACCAAGCUCUCACCAUGUUUGAGGAAACCUUUUCCAGCAUGCGCCGGCAAGGGGCUAGCAUUCCAGAUGUCUGGGGUGACAUUGUCGUGUCCGUUUUUUCAGUCAUUUUCAAGGUGGCGAUGGAGAAGCAGAGCACCGCCUGUCAACGCAGCUCAGUGCUGUCCUCCGCUGGUAUCUUCAUAAUGUCGACCAUAUUGCUGAUGGCAACGUGCUCAGCGUUUAUGCACAAGUUUUGCAACCGCUUCCGUGGUCACACCAGGGCAGACCCCAAUAGGUUGGCGAUGCAGCUGCAGCUACACACGCUCACCAGCCACCUGUUGGCCAGCGUGGCGGAUACUCGUGGACCCCAGGAUUUGGAAUACUGCUUUUCUCGCUUCGUGGAGGACUGCGAGGGCCCUGAUCCACACCUUGCGGCUCUGCUGACCAACGUCGUGCAGCUCGUGGAUUUGGCCGUGCGUGACAACUCACAGCUUGUGUCGCCUUGGCUGGCGGUACUGUCAACUGCCAUUGGCACGAGUUUGCAACCGGAAACAUGGCUGACCGUUCUUUCGGCCAACAUGACCCAUAUUCAGUUCUACACGCAACUUGGCCAGGCGGCCAUCAAUGCUUGCUUGAUACGGGGUGGGCCGGCAGCUAGCCUGGCCGCGCUGACGGCUAACUUCACGCUGCCCGAGGUUGGCGCAGAGGUUUACUUGAAUGCGGCCCGUCACUACGAUUGUACUUUGGUCCUUUGGGCUGCAUUGUGCCGCCAACAGCAGAUGUUUGAUACGCGAUCGGUCUUGCAUGAACACAUCACUGGGCUCUCGGCCGUGGUUUACCGGCAACAGCCAGAGACAGAGGUGGUGGUGGUCUACUGGCUUGAACUCCUGGCUGUACUCGGUCGCCUUUUUCGCGACCCACAAAACUAUAGCGCGUGUGAGCAGGCAGGCGUGCAACUUAGGGACCAUUGGGCCAACGUAGCCGUGGACCCAACAUUGGGCAACUUGUUUGCGCGCGCGCUUGCGUCUGACUCUCGAUUGCCGCACCGACUGCGAUUGUGUGCCAGACUGAUAGCCUACGUCUUGUCACUUGCCUUUGUUGAGGGCAACUCGUUGCGCUUGACCGACGCAGGUGUCGAACGGGUGGGCCCCUCUGCCUGGAGUCGGCAAAGCCUGUCCACACUCCAGCGCCUGCAAAAGGGCACCUUCCCUCACUAUGCUGCCUAUGGCGAUGUUGUGGGUUCGGUACUCUCUGGGCCAUCGACGUUAAGUUUUGUGCAAAGCCUCUCCGCGGCAACUUCCAUCAUUCACACCCUCUACGAUUCAGAAGUGUAUGUACGACAUCUCAGCGAGGCCUGA